AUGGCGACUUGCAGGACCUCCAUCAUCUUGACAAUGCUGCUCAGUCUCCUUCAAGUCUCAGCCAGACCUGCGUCGGAGACGCCGACACCGACGCCGACACCGCAGCUGUGCUCACCACUUGGCCAUCCGGAUUUGAAAUGCGGAGAUCGGUUUACUUGCGAGAAGGGUUGGCCUUCGGAGACGGGCAAUUACGGGCUGAACAAUCUCACUGUGAAGCUCAGAGCUCGCGACGCACCUCUACGGGUGAUCUUGCUCGGUGAGAACGGUACGAAAUUCGCAAACAACGAACAUCCAAGCUAUCAACGUCGAUCACCCGUUGCCCCCCAGUCUCAAGGCUCUGAAGGCGCCUUGGUGGUCGGAAUGCCAGGACUCGUGAUCGGGCCUCAGUGUUGCCGACCGACGGUCGAAUGUUACAAAUUUUUCAACGACGAGGUCAAGCUCGAUGGCGUCGAUCAUAACGGUCGUCUCUUGAUAGACGACUUGAAUGACUGGAAAAAGGCAGAAUGUUGCAUGUCGGAUUUCCAGCAGUCCCAAUCUUGGUGUUUAUUUCCUCCCGCUCGAAAUCGAUGGAUCGAGUGGCAUGAGCCACCGGGGUGCGCCGACGUACACUGA